AUGUUGUGGCAGUCACAAAGUCCGGACGGGUUCACUCUGGUUGACCUCGACCGCACCAUCAUCACGAAAUGGGAAGCCCUGGAUGACGUACAGCCCAUGAUUAUCCUCGAGGAGAUGAUCAAUGUGGAACACAUCCUCCGAAAAGAUCCCAGGGUUAUUGAGCAAUGCGGUAUCCUGGGCAUCCCGCCCGAGGACAUGCACAAAGUAUACUGCGACCCGUGGACAAUCACCUCUGACGAGCGUUAUGGCACCAAGAUUCGGGCACAACAAGGACUCUUGUAUUAUCGACCACACAUCGACGACAGCCAAUACGCAUUCCCACUUGACUUCUUCCCCAUAUUCGACGUCAACAAACAGGAGCUCAUCGACAUUGAGAUUCCCCCUGUCCGCCGUCCAUUGAGCACCGCAAAGCCCAACAACUAUCACGUCCCAGAUAUCGAACGCGAGAGCGGCUACCGACAAGACUUGAAGCCCAUUCACAUCACUCAGCCGGAGGGUGUCUCCUUUACCGUAGAAAACCGCGUCAUUAAGUGGCAGAACUGGUCCAUCCACGUGGGCUUCAACUACCGUGAAGGCAUCGUCCUCAACAACAUAACCUUCUUCGACAAAUUUGAGGGCAAACAUCGCCCGUUAUUCUAUCGACUAUCCCUCGCCGAGAUGGUUGUUCCAUAUGGAAACCCAGAACACCCGCACCACCGCAAACAUGCGUUUGACAUUGGCGAGUAUGGCGCAGGCUACAUGACCAACUCGCUCGCCCUUGGCUGUGACUGCAAAGGCGCAAUCCAUUACAUGGAUGCUCAUUUCCCGACCCAGAGCGGUCAAAUUCGAACCAUCAAGAACGCCAUUUGCAUCCACGAGGAAGAUGCCGGGAUUCUGUUCAAGCAUACUGACUUCCGCGACGACAGCACCAUCGUGACUCGCGCAAGAAAACUCAUCAUUUCGCACAUUUUCACUGCCGCGAAUUACGAGUACUGCGUCUAUUGGGUGUUUCUUCAAGACGGAACAAUCCAACUGGAUAUUAAACUGACUGGUAUUCUCAACACCGCCAGCCAUACCCCUGGCUCAGACACCUACGGCUACGGCAACGAGGUCUACACCGGUGUCAAUGCACAUAACCAUCAGCACCUCUUCUGUCUUCGUAUUGAUCCAAACCUGGAUGGCCCUGACAACACCGUCUUCCAGGUUGACGCCACGAAAUCCAAACUGCCGGUUGGGUCUGAGCACAACAAGUACGGCAACGCCUUUUACGCCAACAAGACCAAGUAUGCCACGGCGGCGGAAGCCCAGGCCGAUUACGAAGGCUCCAGCAGCCGCACCUGGGAUAUUGCCAACGAAAAUAAACUCAACAAGAACAGUCACAAGCCUGUCGCUUAUAAACUUGUAAGUCGCGAAGUCUCACCAUUCUUGCCGCAGGAAGGCGGCCUAGCCUGGAGAAGGGCCGGAUUUGCACGCCACACCAUCCACGUCACAAAGUAUCAAGAUGACCAGCUGUAUCCCGCGGGUCGCCACGUGCCUCAAACUUCGGGAACCCCAUCCAGGGGACUUCCGGAAUGGAUUGCCCAGAAUCCUGCCGAGAACAUUGCCAACACAGAUAUUGUGGUUUGGCAUACCUUUGGCGUCACGCAUUUCCCCACGCCUGAGGAUUUUCCAAUCAUGCCUGCAGAGCCAAUCUCGUUGCUGCUGAGACCAAGAAACUUUUUCGAAAGGAAUCCCUGCAUGGACGUUCGUCCGUCCUACGCCAUCACGCCUAGUGAAGUGCUCGCAGGCAAGGCGGCAUGUAAAUGCACACCAAGUGAUGGAAGUGCCCAAGUGUGA